CGGACUUUAACUGUCAGACUCAAUGACAAGCAACAUAUGAAAUCGGCGAGCGAGGAAGAGAGAUGUUAGUAAAGAUUAGAAAACAUUAGUAAAAGUUGAUCAAGAAAGCAGAUGGUGAGGGCUGAAGGCAGGAGGCUGUAAGAGAGGCCACAAAAAGGAAGGAAGGAGCGUGACAGUGCAUGAGAGAGUGAGAGAGACAGAGUGAGAAAGGGAGGGACAUCGCAGGGGUAAAGGCUUAUAUACACUGUCAGGAGGACCUGCUCUUCAAAGCGCUGCAAAGACUGCUUACGUUUCAAGAGAGAAAGAGAAGAACAGAGGGCAGGGUAGAGGAACAUUUGAAAAAGGAAGAUGGUUCGGUGGUUCCACAGAGAUCUGUCUGGUAUAGAUGCAGAGACCGUUUUGAAGACCCGAGGUGUCCAUGGCAGCUUCCUGGCCCGACCCAGCAAGAAGAAUGUGGGCGAUUUCUCCCUCUCUGUUAGAUUGGGGGAUAUGAUCACACACAUCCGGAUUCAGAACACAGGCGAUUAUUAUGACCUGUACGGUGGGGAGAAGUUUGCAACAUUGGCCGAGCUUGUGGAAUACUACACCGCAGACCAUGGAGUUUUACAGGAUAAAGACGGGACUGUUAUUGAGCUCAAAUACCCUUUAAACUGCUCAGACCCCACCACUGAGAGAUGGUAUCAUGGUCACCUGUCAGGGCCAAACGCUGAGAAACUGCUCCGUGAGCGUAAUGAACCUGGAACGUUCCUGGUGAGGGAAUCGCUCUCUAAACCAGGAGACUUUGUGCUGUCUGCACUCACUGAUGAUCAGACCAGUGCUGGCAGGAGGGUCUCCCAUAUCAAGGUUAUGUGCAAUAAUGACCGCUACACAGUUGGUGGUAAAGAGAUUUUUGACACUCUGACAGACCUUGUGGAGCAUUUCAAACGCACUGGUAUCGAGGAGUUAUCUGGCACAAAGGUUUACCUCAAACAGCCAUAUUACUCCACGAGGUUGAAUGCAGCUGACAUUGAGAGUAGAGUAAAGCAGCUCGAUCAGACCUCAGAAAGAGAGAACAUGGAUGGGGCUGAUAAAAAGCUCAAAGCUGGCUUCUGGGAAGAGUUUGAUGCACUGCAGAAGUUCGAAACUAAGGUAACGAAGAGUAGAGACGAAGGCAUGAGACCAGAAAACAAAAGCAAAAACAGAUACAAGAAUAUCCUUCCCUUUGAUGAAACAAGGGUUGUCUUGCAGAAUGCAGAUUCCAAUGUUGUCGGCUCUGAUUACAUUAAUGCCAACUAUGUUAUAAACAAAUUAAUGGAUAUUGAUCACCAGAAAGUUUACAUUGCUUGUCAAGGCUGUCUUGCAACAACUGUAAAUGAUUUUUGGCAAAUGGUAUGGCAGGAAGAGACACGAGUAAUUGUCAUGACAACAAGGGAGGUUGAAAAAGGACGGAAUAAGUGUGUGCCUUACUGGCCAACAACUCAAGGAGAGAGCAAGGAAGCAGGCAGAUACAUAGUGACUUUACUGUCUGAGAAAGAUGCCACCGAUUAUAAGGUCAGAUUGAUGGAGCUCACAGCUCCACAUCGGAACGAGCCAGCACGGACCAUUUGGCACUACCAAUAUUUGAGCUGGCCGGAUCACGGUGUGCCACAGGAGCCAGGUGGAGUGCUUAGCUUUCUGGAGCAGGUCAACGUCAAACAGCAUGAAUUUUCCACAUCUGGACCAAUGGUCAUCCACUGCAGUGCUGGUAUUGGACGGACAGGAACCAUUGUGGUGAUCGACAUGCUUCUAGAGAUAAUUGAUGCUAAAGGUCUGGACUGUGACAUUGACAUCCAGAAGUGUAUUCAGAUGGUUAGAGAGCAGCGGUCCGGCAUGGUGCAGACUGAAGCCCAGUACAAGUUCAUCUACUUGGCUGUGCUCCAGUAUAUAGAGUCCACUAAGGUCACACAAAAGGCUGUCAUGGAAACAGAAACGGAGUAUGGAAACCUUUCAAUUCAACCCAAACACAAGAAAGCCAGUCGCAAAACCUCUGCAAAAAAAAAUGAAGAGGUUUAUGAGAAUAUAGGAGCAAAGGGCAAGAAAGAUGUCAAAAAGCAGAAAUCUGAAGAUAAGAAGAGUGGAUCUGUCAGAAAACGAUAAAACAGAAUAAAGAUGAGAUUUAAUUUUACUUCAUUGUUGUACAGCUUAUUUUAAAAUAAAUCUUCAGCUGUUUUACAGACACACUGUUUGAAAUAAAACUGAGCCAUGGGUUUUUGCAAGAAGCCAAAAUAAUUGUAUUUAACAAAUCCUGCUACAUUUCUAUUCUAUUAUUUAGCAAAAAAUUAUUGUUCAAAUAAAUUAACCGUAUUUUUGUAGUUUUAUUUGAUAUAAAAGGAACCAUGAUCUGCUUUCUCCCAUGUUGUUCUCAGUUUCAAUAAAAGUCCUGCUGUUCAAAGUUA